GUGAGAGCUAUUUGACUUUUUUCCACUUUGAUCAUGACAAAGGCGAGUCAAAUUGAUAAUUCUCUCUUCCGUAAAGAAAACAAUAAAAACAACUUUCUCAAACGAUUCUGGUCCAGAUUAACAAAACGUCAAUGGCAGAAAAAAGAAUUAGAAAGUGAAAUGUGUGCUAAUACUCAAGAGUUUGAUAAAGUUCAGCAAGAAAUCAGUAUUUUAAAUCUGACAAGUGUUUUAAACAGUGAUUGUACGAAAACAGAUGAUAUAUUUAAAUCUCCAAUUGACAAAUUAGCAGAUAUUCUGUUGUCAAACAUUACAGAUAAAUUGCUCAACAUACAGAGAAAUACUACAAUUCAACAGGAGAUAGAAAAUGUGAUUAAAAGUAUCUUAGUUAACCACUUAAUUAAUGACCAAAUAUGUACAGAAAGCAGCAGACAAAAUGAAAAAGAAGGUGUAAACAAUAUUAUUGAUUUGAAACAUGGGAUUGACAUCAAGGAAAAACCUACCAAUUCACAAAAUUUUCUAACUACAGAAGAACAGACAAUAGAUACAAUCAGCAAGAAGAGAUUAAAUGAAGAUGGCAUAGAAGAAAGCAAUACUGAAGUCACGAGAUCUUUUCUGAUUAAUAUUAAAAAACCCGAUAUUGUGAUCCAAGUUGCAAAGGAAAACAGAAAUUCUGACAGUGAAUCUGAAAAAGAAUGGUCAGAAGAAACAACUGAAUCUGACAAAACAGAAAGUGAAUCUGAAGAAUCAGAAACAGGAUCAGAAGAAUCUGAAACAGGAUCUGAAGAAACUGAAACAGAAUCUGAUGAAUCAGAUUACACAUCUAAAGACACAUACGAAAGCAAAGAGAGUUCUGAAGGAACUUCAACUGUGGAAGAAACACAGAGUUUUUUAUAUGAACCUGACUAUUUUAAAGAGAAAAAAUAUUCAACUGAAUAUCAAAAACAAUAUGAUAUAAAAGAUAAAAUGUUAAGUAAAAGCAAGGAAGAUGAAACUAUACCAUCAGUUAGUCCAUUUAUUACAGGCAAAAGGUUAACUAUACCUGAUUUAGAUCUUACUAAACAGACAGAAGAAGAAGAAAAUAAAGAAACAACAAUGGCAUUAGCUUGUUCGUAUGGGUUGUUACCAGCUAUUUAUUAUUCCAACAACCAAAUUCAAAAUGAUAUUGAAGACGAAGAGUUUCAGAAAACAGUAGCUGAGAAAUUAAAAUCAGAAUCUCCUAAACUAGUAGAAUCAGUUUUUGUUGAUGAAAGAGAAAUUUUUAAAUACCAAUCCACUCCAGCAAUAUUAAAAAUGGGAAGCAGUACAGAAAGAAGUGAAUCAGAUAUCUCAGAGUGUUUUGAUAAAAUAAGUAAGAUGGCCAUAUUUGAGUCAAAAGAAGAUGAUUUUGAACAAUUUACAGAAGAACCACUAAAAAUGCAAAAUGUUUUAGAAGAAAGAAAAGAUUUGAUUACAGAACUGGUUUGGAAUUUACCAAGAACAGAAAAUUUGACAAUUUUAUCUUAUCUGGUUCCUCCUUAUGUCACUUAUCACAAAACAAUGCAUAAUAUUCAGAAAUGUAUUUUAUGUGAGACAAGUGAUAUUAAAAUUGAUGAUGGUGAGAAUGUUGAAGAUGAUGUUCAGAUUGUUGAAGAUGAUGUUGAGAUUGAUAAAGAUGAUGUUAAGAUUGAUAAAGGAAGCUCAAUUCCUACUUAUAAUACAGAUACUUCAAAUGCAGAAAUGAUGGUAACAACAGAUGAAAUACCUUUUCCAGCCACAGAAACUCCUUCAAUACCAUCAGUAGUUACAAGUUCCUUUCACGUGCCAAUCCACGAAAGUAAGAAAUUAUCCGAAGAGGUUCUCAAAAUAAGUGUUGAACAUACUGACACAGAUUUUCAAGUACCAACCAAAUUACAUGAAUCUCAAGAAGCCACAAUAGAUGGAAUUACUAUUACUUUGAAGCCUGUAAAAAAAGUGGAAGAAUUUAAAAAAACAGAAGAAAAAGUGUUAUUAAAUAAUACAAACGAUAUAAAAGAUGGGGUUAUUUAUAUAAAACAAAACCAACUAAUUUGUAAAAGAGGAAGAUUUAAAAUAUAUAAAAGAUUACCUGAAAAUAUAACUUCUAAGUAUAUUUCCCAUAGAACUUGUGAUAAAGAAUUUUUUAAAUAUCAUCAGAAAACAAUUCAAAGUUACAGAGAAGUCCGUGAUCUCGAAGAAUCACUGUCCAAAUGUAUUUUGAAAGAAUCUUACAAAAAAUUAAGACAAGUUAGUUCAAGAGAUGAAAAAUUUAACAAAUCAGCAAAAUACGAAGCAUCAUUAACAAAAAUUCUAAAAUUUAGUAAAGAAAGUAUGAAACAUUAAAAUAACUCAAAUAGCAAAAUGAUGCUGGAGACCGAACAAACUCAA